CAUUCAUAUUCUCUCAGUUCAAGAGAAGCGACAGCUAAUCGUGCAAAUUAAUGCUGAAUUCUCUCGCUUAUCCAAUUACUUCAUCACUUGCAAUUUUGUAACCAAGAUUUCGCUCGAAGUACCAUCAUUACUGCGAUGUGUUGCUGCAUCAUUACUGCUGCAUGCUAAUACAAAAAUGGACGUAAAAGGCUCAAAACCAAACGAUGACCAGCUACUAGAGAUCUUACUUGAAAAUGAAAAAGCAAAUUUGGGCUAUUAUGGAGCGACGGAAAAGCAGCAAAAUGCAAACAACGUUUGCGUAUUGGUAGCCAGUUUCCAGUUUGAUGAAGAUAAAAAAUUGAAACGAACAGGAAAUGAAGCAGAUGUUAAAAAUCUGAAAAAUUCCUUUCAUAUAAACAGAAAAUGUCGUUUCAUUCAUCUCAAAUCACCAAAACUCCAUGAUCUGUUUAAAUUCAUAUCCAGCCAAGAAGAAUUGUCCAAAAACUUCAAAAUAGAAGGACCCCCCUCCGUUUUUGCAAUGUUCAUUCUGUCACACGGCGAAGAGAAUGGAAUCAUAUGGACAGACCACAUAGAUGUUGGUUCAAAAAAAUACGAAAAAUUUACAACUCAAAAAGUAACAGAAUAUAUAAGGGCACUCCCGGAUUGGAAUAAAACACUUAAGAUUAUGAUCUUCGGUUGUUGUCGAGGUACGUUGGAGGAUUGCAUGCAUGGAAGUGAGAAAAAGACGACAUAUGACAAUCGAAAUGCUUGCCAACUGACCACAUUCCCUGGUGAUGAAAAUUUCGUGAUCGUCUACCCCACUGUUGAAACAACCGUGGCCUACCGAAACAAUGCAGCAGGCACGUGGCUUGUUAAUAUGAUGUGCAAUACUCUUGAUGGACUAGAGAAUGACAUGCCAUUGGAGAAUGUCCUCGCUAUUGUCCAGUCAAAAAUUAGCAACAUAACCUCAAAGGAGAACGAAGCCCAGACACCCGAAGUAAAAUAUAUGGCACACAAGCAAUUUAUUGUACACAGAUCUACUGUUGAUCCACUCACAAAUUUUAAUAGUCAAGACGCAAGCAAAUCCAACAAAAACUCUGACGAAAUAAUUUGCUGCUCAACUAGAAACUCAUUUUUUGGUUGGAAAACUGACGGAAAUACUUAUUUGCGUAGCAAAUUGGCAUACAUCAUUGGUUCAGGCAAAUAUUCUACAGAGAUAGAACGCGCGCUUAGAGAAACUUUAGGCUUCGACACAAACUUCUUGCCAAACUCAGAUGCUACAUGGAGUAAAAUCGGGAAAAAUGGUUUUCCAAGUGAAGUCGGAUGCUUUAUGGCUGUUGUUUUUGCAAAUUUCUUUGUGAUGGAGGAUACUAAUGAAAUCUGCAUGCGUAUUAACGACGCGAAAAGUGUCAAGCUGAGUGAAAUUAUUUACCAUUUUGUCGGACCUACAAAUGAGAAGUGGAUUGGAAGACCAAAAAUCUUCUACUUUAUUAAUGGGUCAACUGAAAAAGAUGGCGCUAAUGAGAAAAACCAGGAGUACGCAUUAAGAGCUACAAAUCACAGUGGGUGUUUUGCCUGUAUUCUUUACAAUCCAGAUUCCGCAAAAAGGCUUAUCGAAGUGUUUGAGAAUCCCUUACUGAAAAGUGGUUCGAAUAUUUUGGAACUAAGCUUACAGCUUCUCAGAGACGACGACAUUGAAAGAUCAUGCUCAACAGGACUUCGCCCACAACUAGUGACAACAAUGGCUUACAAACUAGAUUUUCCUGAUUGGCCUAAAAUUUUCAUAGAGCCUGUGUUUGAAGUAAACCGGUUAACUCAAUCUGAUGAUCCAUUGCGCAAUGACCAGGAAAAAGUGAAUUUUGAAAAGCUGAAAAAUGAUUUGAGAAAGAACUGCCAGUCGAAAAAUGCUUGUGUUUGGCUUUUCACUUCUAUGGCUGGAUCAGGAAAAUCCACUGUCCUUACAGAAUUAGCCAGCUUUCUUACGCGAGAACAAAAUGAUAAGAAAGUAUUUACGAUCCAACUUUCGCGCCUUUACAACUUUUUAAGGGAGAGACAAAAACCAAAUAUCGAAGAGGUUCUAGCAAAAUCUAACCCAUUUGAUUAUGAUGUGCAAUUAUUAGUGAGUGUAAAAAACGUAAUAGUGCUUUUGGAUGGCUUCGAUGAAGUUUGCCCAGACAUGAGAAACAAAGCCUUGAUCUUUGCUCAAAGUAUCGCGAGUCAAAAGAUCCCUCUGGUAAUCGCAACAAGGCCUCAAGAAGAGGAUGUAAUAAUCGAAAAUCUCACAUCAUAUCAAAUAAGAAAAGUGGAAAUAAGGCCGUUUGAAAGAGAAGCACAGAUUAACCUGUUGCAAAAAUUGGAUAAACUAUUAGGCAAUACAAGAACUAGGGAUUAUUACAGAAUAUUUGGAAAUUUGAGUCCCAGUUCUGCUGAAAUUUUAAAAAAUCCAUUGCACUUGACACUGAUCCACAAAAUAUUUGCAGAUGUUUCUGACCAUCGUGAAUCCACGGCCGUCACUGAGUCCAGUUCAAUACCAACGGACUCGGUGACCUCCGCGGACUCACGAGCCCUUAUGUUAGGCAAGGGAAUUAGCUUGUUUGACAUUUUUGAGAAAGUCGUCACCAUGCAUGUGGAAGAUGCACUGAUCAAGCUAGCGUUUGACAAAACCAAUGAAAGAUUUCCAUCAAAAGUGAUACAGGAAAUGAAAACUUUACAAGACUUCUCCGAAAAAUUCCUCCAACUCUCGGAAUUUUGCGAAGCAGAUGAACGGAAUAUUGAGUUUAUAAAUACGACGGGCAUUGCAUCGGUUCAGGAUUUGAAGAAUAUUAAAUUCCUUCAUCAAACGUACGCUGAAUUUUUAGUGGCAAAGAGCUUUCUUGAUAAGAUCGUCGACGGAGGCCUACGAGAAAUGUAUGAUUCAAUCUUUGCUAAAGAUAGCAUGAGGCAAUGCAGACUUUUUAUUGAUAUCUUCACGAUCAAGGAAAGUUCAGCACGUGAUGCCCUAAGCAUAUUCCUUUUGGAAGAUAAACGGAUUAACAACGCUUUUAAGUAUAUUACAAGUGAAGGGCUGGUCAAUAUUUUCAGGAUCAUGUGCAAGAAGGUAACAUUUAACACCCACGAGUCUGUAGAGAAAAAGUAUAUCGUAGGAGCUUUCUCACUUUUGCAUGCAGCUUGCAGUUCCAACGAGGAAAUUUCUAUUGAGAUGCUGCGUAUGGGGGCUCAUGAAUGCGUUGAACAAGAUCAAAGACCAAGAAGACUUUGUGAACUGAUUGAAGGCAUGGCUUCCAAUAAUUUCUUUCGUUUGUUUCAAGAACUGAAAAAGCGUUGUUCCGACUUACAAGGAAUAAUCAAAAACAGCGAAACGCUAUUUGCACACGUAACAGCCGCCAAACACGAUCACAUUGAAAUGCUUCAAGAGCUUAUUUCAUGCGGAGUGAACUUGAAUGUUACGAACAAUAACGGAAACACGGCUCUUCAUUGGGCUAUACGUAAUGACAACAUGAACAUGAUUAAUCUUCUGCUUAAUAAUAAAGCCGAUUGUGGAAUUCGUGAUAGAGAAGGUUGGUAUUGCUUGCAUUUUGCAAUACGCUACGGAUCGUGGGACACAAUGAUGUUAUUUUUUAACAAAGAUGUCGUAUUAAUGAGGACAAAUUCCGGUUUGAAUGGAAUACAUCUUUCAGCUUGGAAUGAAAAUGAAAAAUUUUUGAAAAAUUUCAUAGAACUUCUGUUUGAACAUUUUAAAAAGGAGGAACUGAAGAAACAUUUUUAUUUUCAAGCUGAUUCCAAAGUUUUAAAUACUGACCUCAUUUGCGUUCUUGAUAGUGAUGAAAAUGAUCAGCCACGUGCUGAGAAGAACGGAUCCUUAUUUCGAUAUUUCGUGGAAAAAAUGAAAGAACGCAAAUUUGGUAACGCUAAUAUAUUGAACUGGGCAGUUGGAUUCGCAAAUAUAGACGUGGUUCAAUUCUUGGUAGAGCAAGGCAUAAAAACAGAUGGCUUAAAUGAAGACGGAGAGGACUUACUGCAAGGCGCUGCAUUCAGGGGCCAGUUAGCAAAUGUAGAAUAUUUAUUAUCACUGAAAAUAUUUGAUCUCUCGAGAAAAGAUGAUGAAGCUGGUUCCGAAGGAUCAAGAACAGCCCUGCUUGAGGCUGUGGCAGAAAACCACUUCGAAAUUGCCAGGAUACUCGUCGAGGCCGGAUCGGACGUGAAUGAGCGUCAAGAAGACGGAUCGUCGGCACUUUUAUUGGCAGCUAAAUUUUCGUCCGUUGAUAUGUGUGAAUUUUUGAUAAGUAAAGGUGCUGACGUGGAACAAACGGACAAGGACGAGCAAAAUGCUUUACAUCAUGCUUUUGAUGGCCAAAAAAGAGAGAAUGUGAAAUUCUUCAUAGAAAGAGAUUACUUCAGCGUAGAGAAUAAAGGCAAACAAGGCAGAACGUCUUUGCAUCUGGCUGCAAGCAACGGCUUUGUGGAAAUAGCUGAAAUUCUUCUCAAGAAAGGAGCAAAUGUAAAUAAAACUGAAGAAGACCUCAACGCGACACCGCUUCUCCUUGCGGCUGAACACGCUUCAGUUGAAAUGUGUAAAUUAUUAGUGGAAAAUCAUGCUGAAAAAUGUGCCAAAGACAAGCACAAAAACAAUGCUAUGCAUUACGCGGCUAAAAAGGGAAAACUGGACAAUGUUUCGUACUUGUAUGACUUGGGUACCUUCAGCAUCGAAGAAAAAGGUCGCUUUGAACGAACUGCCCUUCAUUUGGCGGCGAUGGAAGGUUACGUCGAUAUAGCCAAAUUCCUGAUCAAAAAAGGCGCACAAAUUGAUGCUUGUGAUUCAAAAAAUUCAACACCUUUAAUUUGGGCAACGAAGAAAAAGCAUUCUGACAUGUGCCGUUUUCUAUUGAAAAACAAAGCUGAUAUAAACAGAGAGAAUAAUGAAUCAAAAUCUGCCAGAAUGAUUGCAAUGGAGAUGAAUUUUCCUAUAGAAUUUGAUUACGUUUAUGACCGCUUGACCGACAUUGAAACGGCCAUCAGCGCCCCCAACUGCAAGCAUGCUGCUGAGCAGGAGGCCCUUGUCAACGACAUGAAGAAGGCCCUGGACAGCGUCCACAAACAGCUACUUGAGAUGGACGCCAAGAUUUAUCAACUAAAAGUAAUAAUAGUGAUAAUACUAUUCAUAUUAUUGGUUUAUUGUGUUUACACCGUGGCAUUGCAGAUAAAAUAAGCACACCGGCACACAAAUCACUUUUCUGUAAAUAUUUAAGUAUGAAAAAGAUUGUUAAUAAAUUUUCAAAAUAACCAUAAAUCAUAAUACAUCUCGCACAGAAAAAAAACUUGACAUGCAAUAAUGCUUUCAGCAACCCAUGAGGUUGUAGGUUUACCGCGCGGCGGCCGAGUUUCUUUUGAUAUCGGCCAUUUUAGCAGAUAUCUGCUAGUUCUCUUUUUUUAAAUUUUAUCUGAGAAGAAUAAAUAGUAAUAAUAAAAUUGACAAAUUAUGGGUCCUUCUGGUAUUGAAAUUGGCAACCCAUUAUAUGUACAAUCGAGCAAUAAAGGACCAAUAUUAUUAUUAUUAUUUUUUUUAAUUUUUUUUUAGGGUCAGUCCAAGACAAAGUCUUGUCGGCCUGUGCCCUUUAUUGGUGGUACAAAAGGCACCACCCAAUAUUAGAACUGUAAUUGGGCUCUAGCAUAAGUAUUGACGUAUUGAAAAAAAAAACACAAGUUGAAUAUAUUCGUGUUUUCUUAUAUAAAAAGAAGAGAAGCAGAGAAGAGUUUUUUCAACUCAUCGAUGAAUUGUAAUAUUUUUGUUGUUUUUUAAUCUUCUCUUCCAUUUACUUUGUACAAUGUUGCAAAUGGGGCGCGUUGCAGUGAGUCACUACAUCGUGGCGACGCUUCAUAAGUCAAUAAAGAUCAAUAAUAAUAAUAUAUUUUGGAUUGAAAAAUUUAAUUAAUUCUGCUUCAAACCCGCUAACGUUCGAGUCGGCACAUUUGAGUUAUUGGGGACUGCGCGAGCCGUGCACUGGCGUAGUGCGCCUGGCCACUCCAAUAAACCUCGACCCGGCGCCAAGCUUUCGAGCUUGGCUGGCCUCUUUGGCCUUUAUAUCAUUAUAAUAAAUUAAUAUCUUUCCUAUAACAAAAAAAGUAAAGGGAAACGUGUAUAGUUAUGUUUAGUCACUAGAAAGUUUUUUUUACCAGAUUUGCUUGUAAUUUAUAUCACUGCUGUUUGUUGUGUGCAAAGAAAAACUGAAGUUCAAUACAAAAUCAAAAAUUUAUUUCUGUCGAUAAACUGAAUUUUACACACAUGAAACACACUGGACAUAAUAUACAUUAUAUAUGUUAAG